CAAGGCAGGCCUCCGUCUCCAGAUCCUCCUGCAGCCGCCUCACUGCCUGCCGAGCAGCGGACACCUGCAGGGACCGACACGCAGCACUUCCAGCCCAGCCAUCGCUGCCAGCUCCCAGCCUCCUCAGACCAGCUGCAGCCGCCCCAUGGCCCCCGAGAUGGACCAGUUCUACAGGUCCACCAUGGCUAUCUACAAGAGCAUCAUGGAGCAGUUCAACCCCGCCCUGGAGAACCUGGUGUACCUGGGCAACAACUACCUGCGGGCCUUCCACGCUCUGUCCGAGGCGGCCGAGAUAUACUUCAGUGCCAUCCAGAAGAUCGGGGAGCAGGCCCUGCAGAGUUCCACCUCGCAGAUUCUGGGUGAGAUCUUGGUGCAGAUGUCAGACACCCAGCGACACUUGAACUCUGACCUGGAGGUGAUGGUGCAGAAAUUCCACGGAGACCUGCUGCAGCACAUGGAGAAGAACUCCAAGCUGGACAUGCAGUUCAUCAAGGACAGCCGCCAGCACUAUGAGAUCGAGUACCACCAGCGAGCCGCCAACCUGGAGAAGUGCAUGUCUGAGUUGUGGCGCAUGGAGCGCAAGAGGGACAAGAACGCUCGGGAGAUGAAGGAGAGUGUGAACCGGCUGCAUGCGCAGAUGCAGGCCUUCGUGUCUGAGAGCCAGCGGGCGGCCGAACUGGAGGAGAAGCGGCGCUACCGCUUCCUGGCUGAGAAGCACCUGCUGCUUUCCAACACCUUCCUGCAGUUCUUCAGCCGGGCCCGGGGGAUGCUGCAGAACCGCGUGCUGCUGUGGAAGGAGCAGUCGGACGCCAGCCGCAGCCCGUCGCGCGCGCACUCCCCGGGCCUGCUGGGCCCAGUGCUGGGGCCGCCCUACCCCUCGGGCCGCCUGACGCCCACCCGCCUGGACAUGCCCCAGCGGCCUCUGGGAGAGUUCAGCUCCCCCCGCAGCCGGCACGGCUCCGGCUCCUACGGCCCCGAGCCCAGCGACGCGAGGGCCGCGUCUCAGCUGGAGCCAGACCGCCGGUCCCUGCCCCGGACGCCGUCGGCCACCUCGCUCUACGCCAGCGGCACCCAGUGCUCGCGCUCCAACUCCGGCGAGCGCCCGGGCGGCGGCGGAAGCAGCGGGGGCGCCAGGAGGGUCCGCGCCCUGGUCUCCCACUCGGAGGGCGCCAACCACACGCUGCUGCGCUUCUCUGCCGGAGACAUCGUGGAGGUGCUAGUGCCCGAGGCCCAGAACGGCUGGCUCUACGGCAAGCUGGAGGGCUCGUCCACGGGCGGCUGGUUCCCCGAGGCCUAUGUGAAGCCUUUAGAGGAGGUGCCCGUGAACCCCAUGGCCCCCUUGAGCCCCAUGACCUCCAUGAACCCCGGGAAUGAGCUGCCUUCCAGGUCCUACCCACUCCGGGGCAGCCACAGCCUUGACGACCUCCUGGACCGGCCGGGCAACUCCACAGCAUCCUCGGAGUACUGGGAUGGCCAGUCUCGCUCCCGUACCCCAAGCCGGGUGCCAAGUCAUGCCCCCAGCCCCGUACCUACACCCUUGCCCGGCAGCCGGCGAAACAGCAUGGGCAGCAUGGGGGUGGCCAGUGAUGUCAAGAAACUUAUGUCUUGGGAGCAGCACCCGCCAGAGCUCUUCCCGAGGGGCACGAAUCCCUUUGCCACUGUAAAGCUACGUCCCACCGUCACCAAUGACCGCUCAGCGCCCCUCAUCCGCUGAGGUGCCUUCCUCCAUCGGGGGUCUGAGGUGUACCCCGCACACCUGCCCGGGGGCUGUGCAGAGCUGGUGGCGGCGGCAGCAGCAGCAAGGGAUCUAAGUGGGACCCUGAGACUGGGGGUGGCUGCCCUUCCCCACACCGCAGCCCCAGCCCCAGCAGGUCCUCCGGUGCUGGCCUGGGGUCUGGACCUUCAAAGCAAAGCAGGUGGAACUGGGGAACAAUUUGGGCCUACCUCUUGCCCCAAACCUCUUUCCCGAUUCUCUGCCCCAGGGGAGGAGCUCCUCAUACCACCCUCCCUCCCCGAACACGUCUCGUUUAACUUUUGUAAACGAUGAGAAAUAAAGUAAGUGGCCACAGCA